AUGGCGCACAUUUCUUUUUCUCUUGCGGAAGUGCCUCGAGAUUCUUCGGGCGACGAUGAGAAACCGUCCUCCUCUUCCGCCUCGCUGUCACAUCUGCGAGAACAGGAGGAGGAAACGCUUGCCUCCAUUCGGCGUUUGGAGGAAGAAGUGGAGUCGCUUCAACAACAGAAGGAAAGCCUGCGCGCGGGCCUCGCGAAUCUUGACGAACAGUGUGCCCAGACGGCUGCCCCUGCGUCCUUGUGUCUUGCUCUCCCUGAAGGCGCCGCCCCCGUCGCUGUCCGUACACCAGAAGCCGAGGCGAUGCGAGAAGAAAUCUCCGGCUCGGUUUCCUAUAUCGAACAGGCGGAAGAAGAGCUCCUCGCCGCGAUCACGUUGAUGAAGCAGACGCUGCUCGAACUCAAGCGGGAGAGGCUUUCUCAGGAGGCGAAGGCGGCACAACCAGAGAGAGCGCGAGGCGAGGGCCAAGAGGCAGCCAGACAGGAAGCAGACGGCGGAAGAGAAGAAAGAAGGGAGGACGAGGGACAAGGCGCGAGCGCCGUCCUGGUGGUGUCUAGCGACGAGUCUUCUGGGAUGUCCUUUUCCGAAGGAGAAGAAGGAGAAUCGGGAGACACCGAGGCGACGGGCAAGCGUCGCAGGGAACCGAAAGACGGUGCAUGCCGGUGUAUCUUCCCCGUCGUCCAACCUGAUGGAAGCAUCGAGUGGAGACUGGGCACCGUCCACGCCUUGCUUCAGUCUCCUUCUCCCUUGCAUUCUUUUGCGUCAGCGCGGCCUUCGUCCUCGGAGGCUUCCGCUGCCUCAGCUACCAUCGCAUCAGCCUCUUCGCAAGAGCUCGGAGCGUCGGAUCUGGACCCUGACCGGGUUCUGCCCCUCUGUGCAAAGUGGUGCCACGAGCGCCGCGACCGGCUGUCUCCAGUGUCUCCGAAUCCUUCGGUUUCGUCCUCGGCUCCGGCUGCUCCGUCCUCACCGGCUUCGUCUCCGCCUCGGUUCUGGGCUCUCGUCACCACACUCACUCCGCUCGCUCCUCGAGACAUUCCCUGUCUCCACCUGCUGCAGUUUCUCCGUCCCCACUCCGCCGCGCUGGCCUGCGUGUUCCCAGCUCCUCGCGCCUCCGGAACCGCCGACGAAGGCGCCCGCGGGGGAGAGGCGUGCCCAGCUGGCGGACCGACCGCAAAACGCCCGGAAAACGAGCGACCGGAGGUAGCGGCUGCCAGAGAGGUGGCCUCAGACGCCGGUUUGCAGAUCCUCGGAAACGCGCAGAUCCUCGCGGAGCAGCUGCACUGUACGGACAGCCGAGGCGCGGGAGGGAAGGCGGAGAAUGCGGACACAGCGGCGCGGAACCCGAACGAGGCGGGGCGUGCAACGAUUCGAGGAGAGAGGGAAGCCAGGGCGGAAGACGUUUCGAGGGCGCCAGGAGGGGCGUUUGUUCCCAGUGCCGCGUAUGUGGAGAGCGCGGGGUGUCCAUACAGCUGGCGGUGUCGGUUCUCGCACGGCACGUGGGUUCCUGCGUGCGACGUGUGUCUCGUCCACUGGAACUCAGCGGGGGCUUUGAGGGAGAUGCUUCAGGUCGCCCAUUCGUCUCACGAGACGCCGAGCGAAGGGAACUGCGAAGACGCGGAACACCUCGGCAGAGGAACGUCCGCGAACGCGACUGCCCUCUUCUACCGAGGACGGCCCGUCUUUGUUUUGCCCGACGGCUCUCAGACUUGGCACAAGGCGCGGCUCGUUCAGGCGCUGAGGAAGAGACGGAAGCGCGCCGAACCUGAAGGCCAGGGGGACCCAGCAGCGGCGAGAGGCCAGUGGACGAUGUACGGACGAGUCGAGCUUGACGCGACUCGAGACGGGGCUUCGCGCAGGCAGCGGCUGCUGUGUCGAGCAGCCUGCAUUCAUCCGCGAAUCGCUUCGCCUGCAGAGGAGAGCGCUUCCGCGCACAGGACAUGCAUCGAGAAAUCGGCGAGCGAAGAGGAAUCGUGUGACGACGUCCAGACAUCCGAGGCAGCGCGGCGACGGGGCAGAGAAGGGGACCGGCGAGUUGGAGCCAACGUCGUGGUCCUGGAUUCCGACGCGAUCAGCGUCGACAGCUCGAGCUCCAGCGACGACAGUGAGGAGCAAGAAACGCGUUCGACGCCAAGUGACGAGGAAGAAGGAAGCGAAAGAUGGCAGAAACUCCGUCGACUCGAGUCCCUGCUUGGCGUCAAGGCUCUCGACCUCCGCGCGCGCUUCUCGUCUGCUUUCUCCUCACGAAACAGAGACGCCUUGUCUCCCUCCCCCGCUUCGUCGGGGUCUUCUGCGUCCUCGCAAUCCUGUCCACUCAGCGGCAGCUCUCACUUUGGCUGUUGGAUGUUGUACACGAGCGGCGUGGGUCUCCGGCUCAUGCAGCGGUGGGGGUACCGUCCCGGCGAGUGUCUCGGCCGCUCUCAGCGCCUCCUGCAGGCGCGGCAGAACAGCGACGGGGGGAGCGAAAAAAAGGGUCCAAAUCUCGGGAAAGGGGGGCUGAAACCUUCGGGCGGCGUCGACGAGGUCGCAGGCCGUUCCGGCCCCACCUGCGCAACCGAUCGGCCGCCUCUUCACACUCGAGACACAGGACGACAAAAAUCCGAGAGAGGCAACAGCGCUCGGCCUGGUUCCUCUGAGACGGAGUCCAGUGGUGAAGACGACAACGACGAGGCCGAUGGCAUCGAAGGAGGCACGAUUGUGUGGCCAGGCGAACAUGAGAAACUGUCUCCGCCGCCUUCGCUUCCGCCACUGGUCAAUCCACUGGGCAUUCGUGUUCUUCCGCCGCGACUCUCCCUGGAUUUCAUCAGCGACCCGUUGGCCGCUCGCCGCCGGGGGAGAAAUCGUCGGCGAGGAGGCGCAGAUGGCCCGUCUGCUGCCGGCGCAAACUGCUCCGCUUCUGCUGGCUCCUGGCAGUACGCGGAGGGCGCGCUCGUCCCUUCGUUUUGCGGCGCGUCGGCUACGCGCGCUCUGGCGAGAGAGGAGGCCGUGGCGAAUGACGGAGCGUUUGGUUUAAUCAACAGCAUUUAUUCCAGUGGAUUCGCCACGGUGGAGAGGUCAGACCCCGCGAGCGGCGACGCGCGAGGCAGGAGAGCAGACAUCGCUGAGACGAAGACGCGAGGAGCGAGAACCGGUGGCGAGACAGGCCACGAGCUCGAGGAAGCGUUCGGCGAAAGGACGCUGGGUCCUUUGGAGAUGGAGGAGAACCGCCGAAAACAGGAGGAGGAGGAACACCUUCAGAAGCUACAGCAGCUGAGAAGGAGUAAAAAUGUGGGUGAGAAGGCGCUGCGCAAGCAGCUCUUUGAUCUUCAGCAGCGUCAACGGGCGCUGAAGAAGGAAAUUGGGGUUGCAACGGUAAAUCAGAGACGGCACGCAGACGGCGGAAAGGCUCGAGGAGGCGUGGAAGCCUUCGCUGGCUACUAUGGAGGCAUUGCCGCGGCGAAAGAGAAUCAACUCAGGCGGAUGAAAGAAGAAGAAGAGGUGAUCUUAAAGCUCAUCAGCGAUAAGGGGAAGGAGAAGAAACUGAAGGUGUUUUGA